CGAACUGUGGUGUCCGGACAAGGAAACACAAUACAUUCUUUGCACUUGGUGUGAAGGGCCGAUAUAUCCUCGGAGAUUCCCCUGUGACGAACAAUGUGGGUGUAAUAACCAGUGAAACUCUUGUGAAGAGGGGACGAACCUUUCACUCGGAGGGAACUGCUAGAAGAUAAAAGACGGAGCAGCAGACUUCACUUCCAACCGCCCGGCCUGAAUAAAAAUCAGAAAGUUAAAGACAUCUAAAAUCCCAGAUAUCUGACAGUGAAGCUAUGUCAUAUGGGAUGGCACAGUCCGAUUUGCGGAGACAUUACUACGCACUCAGUACGUCGAUGUCCCCUACAUUGGUUGAGCAGAUCACAUAUUUCCUGUAUAGCACCCGGAUUCUCAGCCAAUAUGAACUUAAUGUCAUCAGCUCCAAGUCUGAAAUGCUUUCAAAAGCAUCUGAGCUACUUUCUGCUGUCCUCCGAAAAGGGAAGAAAGCCUGUGGCAUCUUCUUUCAGGCACUUGAAAUGUCAGACCCACAUCUGAGCAAAGAAAUAACAGGAAAGCAAGUUAAUUCUACCGGUCACACUCCACAAGCACCUUCAUUACUGGGGUUAGCUCCUUCCACAAAACCUCAUGUUUCAAAGCUGCAAAGUACUGUAGAAGCAUCGUUGUCUCAAAAAGGACACUCCCACUCUCCAGUGAUCUGCAAGAUCUGUAUCUGCAACUCAAAUCUAAACAAUUGCAUCUUUGGUUCGAACAACAAUCUGUCCAUUAUGAGCGCAAUGUCAUUAUCUGAUCCCGAUAACUUUGAGGAACCAACACCCAGUACAAACCUAGAACCUGGAGAAGCUCUGGACAUGAAGUCUCCCACAUGCGGGAGUUCCAAUGAAAAGGACACAAGUAGCACAGAAGCCGUCCAAGUGGAAUCUGAUAUCAAAAUACUCAGAUGCAAAGUACGAAAUAUGACUGUUGGAAACAGAAAUACAUUCACAGUUGUAGAAGAAUCCAGCGACGAAGGUGAUAAUGAGGAGAAGGAGCGGGAAGAAGAGUAUGAGGAAAAUGAAAGUGAAGAGAAAGACGAUGCAGAACAGUUAACAAAUGAAAGAGGGUAGCCAAAAGGAGCGCACCAAAUCGAACACUGCAGCAAGAAAUUCUGUAACUUUUUGAAGAAACUGUUACAUCACGAGCAGCAUGACCAAGAGCGAGCCAACACUUACCAUGGCUUGUAACAGCAGGUCAAACUCAGCCAUCAUGAACUAUCAACCAAACCUAGCGGGGAUGGUGGGGUUUCAUGUUAUUUUCAUACCUUAUUGCAAAACAUUUUGUUACAGAUCAUUGACAAUGUGGAUUCUGAAAACUGUUCAAUAGCAUGGUGGUCACAAACCUGUGUAGAGCAGAAACACCAGUGUGGAUCUGAUGGGCCGAAUGGCCUGUUUCAGUGCUUCAAGGUGUUAACAAUAUUCUCUAUCGCAAAGGACUGUGGAUGCUCAGUCAUUUAAGACAGAGAUUGAUUGAAUUGUGGACACUAAGGGAUAUGGGUUUAGCGCAGGAAAGUGGAGUUGAGGUAAAAGAUCAGCCAUGAUCUUAUUGAAUGGUGGAGCAGAUUCAAGGGACCAAAUGACCUACUCCUGUACCUAUUCUUGUCUUUGUUUAAGAUACAGGUUUGCUCAUUUCCUUGGUUGUGCUUUGUAAGUCUUGGCACUUUUGUACAACGUUAUCUCCCUCAUCUAAGUAUGGCAUUCUAACUAUUGAGAUGACUGGAACUGUGAUUUCUACGACACGUGGAAGGUAGUGGGAGAACUAAAUAUUAGAGGCUCCAAAGGAAAUUAAAUCAUGUACAACUCCCCAGCACCAGGAAAUUCCAAAUUUUAAAGAAAAUUACAUUCCACUUUAAUACAAAGGCCAGAUUUUGAUGGAAUCCUGUUCUAUCUGUCAUUUUAGACAAGCAUUCUUCCUAACAUCUUAUGUAGUACCCACUCUUCGGAAGAACGAGAAGUUUACGGAAGAGACUUACUGGAAUGCUUCCAGAGUGGGGUGGGGGAUUUCAGUCACCUGGAUAGACUAGAAAAGUUGGGUUCUCUUUAGAGCAGAGAAGGCUAAGAGAACUUUAACAUCAUGAAGGAUUUAGAUUGGGAGAAACUUUCCAAUGCUGAAGAUGCGAUAACCAGAAGACAUAGAUUUAAGGUAGUUGACAAAACCAGAGGCAAUUAUGCAACGUGGUCAGAAUUUGGACUGCACCACUGAUAGGGCGAUGAAUACGGAUUCAAUAGUAGCCUUGAAAAGGCAAUUGCAUAAAUACUUGAAGGAGAAAAAAUUGUAGAGAUAUGAGGAAAAGUAGGAGAGCAAGGCUAAUUGAAUUGCCCUUCGAAGAGCUGGCACAGACUGGAUGGGCCAAAUGGCCUCCUUCAGCACUGUUCUAUUAUGUGAACUGUCCUGUCCUUCUUGGGAAGUGUCUAAUCUCACUCCUAAAUGACUCUGACUCUGGAAAAUAUGCUGGGGUGAUUGUGAGUAAAAUGGGAUUGCACCAAAAUGGAUGGUCUUUUAAUCUGAUGUAUGGUGCCUAAAAUCUCAGUAAGAAUGCACGACCUCGCAGGGAGAUGCUGCAUCUUCUACUCAGCAUUCUCCAAUUUGAAAACGCUGAAACUAAAGUUGAUCUGUGUUGAACACAAACCCAUGUUUGGCUCUGCACCAGGGCACCGAACUUUCACUCACCAGCACUUGAUGCCACUGUAUUGCCAAUUAGAUGAGGAAAAGUAUUUGCAUAUAAGUCACUGUUCUCCAUUAAUGGAUGCAGUUUAUAAGUUAUUUUAACUGUUGAAUAUUAAAGUUAACUUUUGUUUUCAUAUUUAUGUACAUAUUUUAAAUAUAUAAAAUAUACAAGUUACUGUCAAA